AUGUCCUCAAAAUAUGACUUCGUAAAGGAUCUUAAUCCGACGAAAGAAGAGUGGAGGAUUAAAGUGCGUGUAGUUAGGUGUUGGAAGGUUCCCAGUUUUAAUCAAAAAGAUUUUGAUGACAAUGUGGAUAUGGUUUUGGUCGACGAACGGGGUGGAAGGAUCCAUGCUACGGCCAAGGGUACUUUGCAGGUUCGGAAGAAAAUUCAUGAGGGUGAUGCUUAUUUUAUAAAAAAUUUUGGAGUUGGGUUGAAUACGGAUAGCAAAAAUGCUAGGAUGAGACGCAAAGGAAUCAUUGCUCAGAGGAAGAAUUCAAAGAAAUUUACAAGCACACUCAAUUCCAUUAGUAGAAUGGCUGAUUUAACAGAGAUUAAUGCUGAGGAUGCAAUCACCAUGCGUUCAACUGUUACUGUGUUAUCUAAAGAGAAAUUCGUGUCAGGGAAUGAUAACUGCCCAAGUAGUACUUCAACUUAUGUCUGUCAACAAAACACCAAUUCACCCGAUCAGCCUGUGUUAGACAUAUCUUCUGUCAACGAAGAUUAUUGGGACGUUGGGGAUCCCACUUUCAUCUGCACGCAUUGUGGAGCAAGUAUGUGGUAUGAAGAGAGACUUAAAAAAGACAGAAAGUCAUGCACGCCUGAGUUCGGUUUGUGCUGCGGCAAUGGAAAAGUUAAACUUCCUUCUUUAAAAAUGGCUCCAGAUACAUUGCUUCAACUGCACAAUAAUGAAGAUAUAAGGAGCCGUCAUUUUUUACGAUAUAUUCGAACGUACAACAUGAUUUUUGCCUUCACCUCCUUCGGUGCAAAAGUUGAUAGAUCCGUAAAUGAAGGUUCUGGACCUUACUGUUUUCGAGUUGGAGGACAGGUUCAUCAUUUAAUGGGCAGCCUUAUUCCGCCUGAUAACACGUCUCCAAAAUUGAAAUGCAGUCCCACAAACAAUGAAGACAUCCUAGAUCCCGAUAUUGUGAGAUCUUUGAAGGAAAUGCUAGAUGAGCACAACAGAAUUGCGCAAUCUUUUCGGUAUGCUAGAGACCGUUAUAAGGAAGAUGACUUCAAUGGGGUGAAGUUGAGGCUUAUUCGAAAGCGUGGUAGCGAUGGAAGAGUUUAUAAUCUUCCCUCUGCAUCUGAAGUUGCUGCUUUGAUUGUAGGAGAUAUAGACAACGUCAUGGGUGACAGAGACAUCAUUGUGGAGACACAAACCGGACUUUUGCAGCGCAUUGAUGUCAAGCAUCCCCUAUAUCUUGGCUUACAAUAUCCUUUGUUAUUUCCUUAUGGAGAGGAUGGUUAUCGCGAUGAUGUCCAGCGUGCUUCCAUUUCCAGUGGUAGGACAAACCCAAGAUCAACGAUUAGCAUGAAAGAAUUCUUUUCGUUUAGGCUUCAAAUGAGAUCAGGGGAGUCCCAAAUUCUUCUUCACUCCAGAAAACUAUUCCAGCAAUUCCUGGUUGAUGCUUAUACUAUGGUUGAGUAUGACCGUCUUAUUUUCAUUCGCCAUAAUCAAAAUCAACUAAGGGCAGAGUUGUACAAAAAUAUAAUACAUGCAUCGGAUAAAGGGGAGGAUGCAGCUGUUAAAACUGGAAAGCGUAUUAUUCUUCCUUCUUCAUUCACAGGCGGACCUAGAUAUAUGGCUGAGAAUUGUAAGGAUGCUUUUGCAAUCUGCCGUUGGGCUGGAUAUCCUCAUCUUUUUAUAACAAUUACCUGCAAUCCUAAGUGGCCAGAAAUUACACGGUUUCUUAGGGCCAGAAACUUAAACGCUGAAGAUCGACCUGAUAUUCUUUGCAGAGUUUUCAAGUUCAAGUUAGACCAAUUGCUCCAUGAUUUAAAAAAAGAACAUGUUCUUGGCAGAGUUAAUGCAUAUGUUUGUACAAUUGAAUUUCAAAAACGUGGACUCCCUCAUGCUCAUAUUCUGUUGUUCUUGCACCCUUCUAACAAGCCCAACAGUGGACUUGAUAUUGAUAGAUUGAUUUCAGCAGAGAUUCCUAACAAGGAAACCCAUCCUUCUCUCUUUCUUGCUGUCACAAGUUACAUGAUGCAUGGUCCCUGUGGUGCUAACAAUUACAAGUCACCUUGCAUGAAGGAGGGAAAGUGUACAAAGAAAUUUCCAAAGGGUUUUUGUUCCCGUACGAUUAUUGAUGAUGACGGAUUCCCUCAUUAUAAGAGAAGAGAUAAUGGGAGGGUUGCGAAGAAAAAUGGUGUUGAACUUGAUAAUCGUUUUGUUGUGCCUUAUAAUGCAAAACUCCUUUUAAAGUACCAGGCUCAUAUUAAUGUGGAAUAUACCUGUCAGACCAGUGCUAUUAAAUAUCUUUUUAAAUACAUUCAUAAAGGAAAUGAUAGAGUUACUGCUGCUAUACAUCAUUCAGAUGAUGAAAUUAAAAUGUUUUAUGAUUGUAGGUAUGUAUCCGCAUGUGAAGCUGCUUGGAGAAUAUUUGGAUUUGAAAUUCAUUACAGAAACCCCCCUGUGAUGAGAUUGCCAUUUCACUUACCCAAUGAAAAGACCGUUGUUUUUCAUGAUACUGCAUCAAUAUCUGAAGUAAAGACAAGGGAGGAGUUUAGACAAUCAAUUUUUGAGAGUUGGAUGGAUGCAAAGGGUUGCACAAGUUACGAGGACCUGAGAACUAUCAAUGGGGUGAUGUUUCCAACAUUUAAAGAUGCUUGCUAUUCUCUUGGACUUUUGGAUGAUGACAAUGAAUACAUUGAUGCAAUUAAGGAGGCAAGUUCUUGGCAGUCAGCUUCUUAUCUUAGACGUCUUUUUGCUCUGUUGUUGUUCGGUAACUCAAUGAAUAGACCUGAAAAUGUUUGGGGGAAGUGUUGGCAAUUUCUCUCUGACGAUGUUCUUUAUCGACAUAGAACAACAGUAGGACAUCCAGAUGCAAAUCUUACUGAAGAACAAAUAAAAAACACAACACUUGCUGAAAUUGAUAAAGUGAUACAGAGUAAUGGAAAAUGCCUUUCUGAUUACCCUUCAAUGCCCUGCAUCACUGGUGCAUCGUUGCUUGAUAUGCACAAUUGCUUAGUGCUUGAUGAAUUACUGUAUGACAGAUUGUUUUUGGUUGAAGAACAUAAAAGACUAAUGAGUUCCCUUACAGAUGAGCAAAAAGUUGUCUAUGACAAGAUAAUUUCAGCAGUUUCAGUGGGUACAGGGGGAUUCUUUUUUCUAUACGGCUUUGGUGGUACAGGAAAAACAUUUAUUUGGAAUACAUUGUCAGCAUCCAUUAGAUCAAAAGGCGAAAUUGUACUUAAUGUUGCUUCUAGCGGGAUUGCAUCACUUUUGCUUCCUGGAGGCCGGACAACACACUCUAGAUUUCGUAUUCCAAUUCAGAUCACUGAGGAUUCAACCUGUAAUAUACGGCAGGAUUCUAAUAUUGCCGAAUUGCUGGCGAAAACAAAGCUAAUCAUCUGGGAUGAAGCUCCAAUGGUACACAGAUUUUGCUUUGAGGCUCUAGACAAAACACUUAGAGAUGUUCUUAGAUUUUCUGAUUCAAGUUGUGUUGAUAAACCAUUUGGUGGGAAAGUUGUUGUUCUUAGGGGUGACUUUAGGAAAAUCUUACCUGUUGUUCCUCAUGGAAGCAGACAAGAUAUAGUCCAUGCAACCAUUAAUUCUUCUUGUCUUUGGUCUCAUUGUCAUUUAUUAACUUUGACCAAGAACAUGUGGCUUAGUUCUGGAAGUGACAUUCACAAUUUAAUGGAAAUAAAGGAAUUUUCUGAUUGGCUUCUUAAAGUCGGGGAUGGUGUUCUUGGAGAUGAUGUGGAUGGAGAAUCUAUUAUAACAAUUCCAGAUGAAUUAUUGAUUAAAAAAAUCACUGAUCCAGGUGACGAAAGAAUAUAUUUAAGUUCAGAUAAUAUUUUGAAGCAAGACGGUAAUUCUUCCCUUGAGGAUGAUGAAUUCUCACCUGAGAUCUUAAAUACCUUCUCCUGUUCUGGGCUUCCGGAUCAUAAAUUAAUUUUGAAGGUCAAAGUUCCAGUCAUGCUAUUAAGAAAUAUUGACCAAUCAAGAGGUUUAUGCAAUGGAACAAGAUUACUUAUUACAAGAUUAGGCAAUCAUGUGGUUGAGACAACUGUUCUUACAAGAAGCAAUAUAGGAGAAAAUGUGUUAAUCCCUAGAAUGACAAUGAGCUCCUCAAGUCAUUCUUUUCCUGUAAAUUUCCAAAGAAGACAAUUUCCCCUCGUCGUUUCGUUUGCCAUGACAAUCAAUAAGAGUCAAGGACAAUCGCUUUCUCAUGUUGGAAUUUAUCUACCCAGGCCAGUCUUUAGUCAUGGGCAAUUAUAUGUGGCACUAUCCCGAGUAAAGAGCAAAAAGGGAUUGAAGAUUUUGAUAGUUGAUGAUGAUGGUUGUGUAACAAACAAUACCUUUAACAUAGUCUACAAAGAAGUAUUUCAGAGAUUACUGUGA